GUUCAGGCUUGCCGCUGGUCCCACGCCCACAGCACUGAUUACUGUAUCAGGUGGAGAAACACGGUCAGUUUGGCCCCUAAACCCCCCACAUCUGGAUUAACUGUUGGCACAGAGGACCAAGACAGACCUGGAGCGUGUCUCAAAGGAGUCUGGUCCAGCUUGGAGCGGCUCCGGAGCAGGUUUCACCCGGUUUCCAACGGGCUUGGACCGCUCACAAAGACAGAAGGAGGAGAAAGUUUCCUUCUUCAUCUUUGGUUUCACGCGGAGGCAUCGGUCAUGUUCAGGUAGAGACCCGAUUCAGCGACGCCCACCAUGUUGAAGCGUCUGGACAGGAUCCGGUUCCGAGGCCAGAGACGGGAUGAGUUCCUGGAUCUGGCCGAGUCCCCAAACACCUCAGACACGGAGUGCAACGAGGAGGCCGUGAUGAAACCUCGCUUGUCCAUGAAAGAGUCAGAGGAGCUGAGGGAGGUGGAGGGAGAGCAGCAGGGUGAUGCUCAGGCUGGUCCUGGAUCAUUUUCUGCAGCUCUCCAAGAGGAUUCAAGGACAGAUUUGAAUGAGGUCAAAGGUCACUUAGAAAUCGCCUUGUUGGAGAAACACUUUUUACAGGAGGAGCUGAGGAAACUUAAAGAGGAGUCCAAUGUGGAUUCAUUGAGGCAGGAGCUGGAGAAGGAGCGCUGCAGACGCACUGAGCUGGAGCAGAAGAUGAAUGACGCCCUCAGAUCCAGACUUGAAGACUCACCCUCUCAGACACCUAAAGUGCAGCCCCCUCCUCCACCUGCAGGCGGCAGCACUGACAAACAGAAGGAGACUCUGUCCAGCAGCUUCCUAAAAUGGCUUUACGAUCGAUUUGGGGUUUAUAUAGAAGAUUUCCGCUUCCAACCGGAGGAGACGACGGUGGAGACGGAGGAGCCACUGAGUGCCAAGAGAUUGACUGAAAACAUGAGACGACUCAAACGAGGAUUCAGACCUGUGACCAACUUCAUGAGAAACCUCUCUGCCUUAUCCAGCUGGUACUCCGUCUACACGUCGGCCAUCGCCUUCAUUGUGUAUAUGUAUGCAGCAUGGCAGGGCUGGGCCAUCCCCAUGUUCCUGUUCCUCGCCAUCCUCCGUCUCUCCUUGAAUUACCUCAUUGCCAGGGGCUGGAGGAUCCAGUGGAGCAUCGUACCUGAGGUCUCGGAGCCAGUGGAGCCUCCGAAAGAAGACCUGACAGUGUCUGAGAAGUUCCAGCUGGUUCUGGAUGUUGCUCAGAAAGCUCAGAAUCUGUUUGGGAAGAUGGCCAACAUCUUGGAGAAAAUAAAAAAUCUGUUCAUGUGGGUUCAGCCGGAGUUGACUCAGAAGCUUUACGUUGGUCUGUGGGUGGCCUUCAUAUCCUCGUGCCUGCUGCCGUUCAAACUGCUGGGAUUCAUCAUAGGCGUGUAUGCAGGCAUCAAAUUCUUCAUCAUCGAUUUCAUCUUUAAGAGUUGUCCCAAGCUGAGGCAGCGCUACGACACCCCCUACAUCAUCUGGACCAACCUACCCACCGACCUGCAGCUGAAGGAGCGCAGCAGCACCACGCUGAGCAGACGGGUUCCCACGGCGGGGGGACGAGGCAGCGUCACUGCAGCAGCUCCUCUGGGCGUCAGCCGGGACGAGGACGGGGGACGAUACUACAGCACCAAGAGAGGAGCUUUUCAUGAGGUGUUCAACCUGCCGGAGAGCGAGCGUCCUCUGACAGUGUGUGAGAAUGGCUGGCGCUGCUGCCUCAUCAACAGAGACAGGAGGACACCGACAGACUACAUCCGCAACGGAGUCCUAUACGUCACCGAGAAUUACCUGUGCUUUGAGAGCUCCAGCUCCAGGUCCGGAUCCUCAAAGAGGAACAAAGUCAUCAAACUGCUCGACAUCACCGACAUCCAGAAGUACAAAGUUCUGUCAGUGCUUCCAGGAUCUGGGAUGGGUAUCUCCAUAGCGACACCAUCUACCCAAAAGCCGAUGGUGUUCGGUGCGAUGAUCCACAGAGACGAGGCAUUCGACGCCAUCUUCACUCAGUACAUGAAAAUUGUUACCGUUGCUGCAGCCGCCAACCCAGAGACACAGUAACACCUUCAGCAGAUGGCAGCUUUAACACAAACACUACAACUGUUACACUUCAUUCAUCAAUGACGUCUUCAGACAGCUGCGGACUCCAGUUUCAGCUGCUGGUAUCCUGAUGGUAAAUCAGCUGAUGUCUUGUCAGAAUCAGCCACUCCAAAACCAAUCACUGUUCCUGAACAGUUUUACAGACAACUGGACGUCAUGCUUGAGUCUUAGUUUAUCAUCGAUUCACAACUAUAAGCUGGUGGUCAAACAACAGCUGGCACAAACAAAAAAGUAGUUUACUCUCCAGUUGUAUCUACUUUGCUGUUUAUUUGAUUGAUGUUAAUAUAACUCCGCAUUUUCUGUGCCGAUAUUCUAUCAAAUUAAAAGCCUGUCAGCCGCUCAAGGGGCUUACUUGGUAGGCUUCAAUUUGAGAAAUCUGCAAAAACAAUAAAUUAGUCAAUGUUUUUCUUUUGUUCACAAAGAAAACAAUCAGUGGGUGAUUUGAACAAAGGGUUGAGUUUACCUUCACUGCAGCUCAUCAGUCAGCUAUGUUACAUGACUAGUUGCAGAGCGUGUGACUCCCAUCGAGGCAGUUUACACCAGAAAGUUAACUUCACAGUGCAAGUGUGCUGAAAUGGUUACCUGACCAGCCGAAAUGUUGAUAAUAUAUCAAUAAUUUGGGUCACUUAUGAAUCCAAAACUGAAAUGAUCAUCUGCCUGCAGCUUUCCAAUGUGAGGAUUUGUUACUUUUCUCUGUUUUGUAUAUCGCUGUAAACUGAAUAUCUUUGGGUUUAGGACUAUUGAUAGCACAAAAAUGAGUGAGAAACUGGAAUGGACGUUUUUCACUAUUUCCUGAUGCUGAAUAAAUAACUAGGCAUUUAGUUGCAGCCAAACAGUCUACUGCACAUGCACACAUCACAGAGGUGUGAAACAGAAGCCCAGGACUUUGCAUUAUAAACAUAAACAAUUAUGCAUGUCUCCCAACGUUGACAUAACCCCUAGUGUUCCUUCAAAAUCCUCUUGCAGAUAGUCAGCCUAAAAACUGGUAUAUUUCGGAAAAUAAUCAUCACGGAAAGGCAUUUUACAUGUUUUUUUGUCAUUUUUCAUAAUGACAAAAAAACGUGAGAAAGCAGAUGAAAACCAAAGGACACAAAGAUUUGUCUUUGCUGUUGUCUUUUGUCAAAGGUGUGUAACGUUAAUGACAUGAGAACAUCAAAAACAAUUUACAGCUACAUCAAAACGGAACUUAAAAGACAGAUAUAUAGUGAGAAAUGUCCAUCAGAUGACUUGUUUGUAGUUAGAAACACCAAAUUAUUCAGACCAGAAAGGCAAAAAAGCAGCGUUUUCCUUAUUUUAAAGAAGCUGUAGCUUUUUUCUUAACUUUUUGAAAAUUAAUGCCAAGAAAUUCAAGUAAGGCAGAACAUUAAUUAAAUACUACGCUCUUAUUAGGUGAACGUAUUUAAACCUCAUAAAUGUACAUUAGUGUCUUCAGGGAAUUGUACACCUUCAUUAUAUGACUCUGUAUUGUAUUACUGCAGCUACGCCUUACUGUCAGUUCAUGUUACAGUGCAUUUUUUAUGUGAUGGUCUAAAGUGUUUGUAUUCUAAAUGAAUGUUUAACAGCUAUUGUAUGUGAGACAUUUAAUUCAGUGGAAACCACAAACUCCAGCUCAUCUUUUACCUUUUUUCCUCAGCUGAAGCUGUAGCUAACGACACAGAUAUGAACUGUAAACCUUUUAACGUUUUGUCUCAUCUUUGUAUGCUUUGUCUGUAGUUUUCUUCUAUAAUCAGUAAGCCACGAAAAACUGAAAAGCAAAUCACAAGCUACACGUAAUGUACACCAGCAGUCAAAUGUUUAGACACCUUCUCAUUCAUUGUUUUUUUAUUGAAUUAUUUUGUAUAUUAAUACUGAAGACAUCCAAACUAUAAAAGAAUACAUAUGGAAUUAUGUUGAAAGCAAAAGAAAUGUAAUCUUCAGUAUUAUUCUACAAAGUAGAAAAUAAUACAAAUAAAUAAAAACCAUUGAAUGAGAAGGUCUGUCCAAACUUUUGACUGGUACGACAUAACUCUAGAAUGCAGCAGUCUGAAAUGCCCAUUUUUUGUAGCUUUUUUUUUUAGCUUUCUUUGAGAAUAUGCCAAGAAGCAAUUUUAAGAAUGUCUUUUUUUCAGGCUAUUGACGAAAACUAAACAGGGUAAAAAGAAAAAAAACUAACAAGGAAAUACAAUUUAGCCUCUAUUUAUUCACUAGUUGUUCACUCUAUUCAGCCCAGAGGUGUCACUGAAUAAAAAAUAAAACUCAUAAUAAAUACCCAUUGCUGCUCUCUGCAGAGUGGGUAUUUCUGAGUGGCCUUUUAGAACACUGCUGUCUGCUGAGUGACAUUUUUCUGCCCUCACAAUAUCCAGUCUUCUCUUUUAUUUGAUGGCACAAAUUUGCCAAAUACCUUUUUUUGUCCAUGACAAACAUACUAUUCGGGUUUGUCAGCUUUAAAAUGGUAACUCUGCUCCUGCCGAUUAUCGCCGACCUGCAACUGUGUUUUCUGUUCAGUGGAACGUGUAUCUGAAGUUGGUCACACCAGCAUUCAUCACUUUUGUUUCCCAUCAGAUUCCCUUGAUUUCACUGACUGAUUACAAAUGUGACCUUUUUGAUGCUGAUAUUAAACCGUCCAGAGUGUGGCAAGUUGUUGUUUUAUUUAAAUCAAUCUAAUCAUAGAGCUAAAGUACGUACGAAUAAUAUUUUUGUCUUUUUUUCACGUAUAAAAUUGUACAUGAAAUCAACUGUUUGAAUGCAUUGCUCUAUGUGAUCAGCAUCUCUAAAGCUCUAUCAUUGCCAAAUCUUUCCCUCUUUUGUAGUUUUUCCAUUUUGUUUCUAGGCAGAAGGUUUUAUUGUUCUCAUUUUUGCAAAAUUGAUACCAGUUGCUAAUGCCACGUUGCCUCAUUUAGCAGUUGUGUUUUCUGACCUGUCUUUGCUUAUUGCAACUCAUUUUGUUUGUGGUUUCUCAGGUUACAUUUUUGUGUUAUGUCAUCACAAUCAACAUUUCUCCAUUGAGUUAUUGUGUCUUUUGGAUGUGAGGGUUUUAUGAAAUGGUGUAAUUGUACAAAUAUGUGUAAACUUUUUAAAUGAUGUUUCUGUUGUUAAUAUGUGAUGUACAUUUUUUUUAUUUAAGUAAAAUCAAAUAUCCUGUGCUAACUGUA